UCGUCCCCACGCGAUUACAUCAUAUGCUUUAUCUGGACCCGCGGCCAAAAACAGCGGAACUUGGUCCAGCUGGUCACUUCUACACACCUCGCUCUCUGGUCAAAAUCUGUGCAAUUGAAUGGCGCCUAUCAACUGUGGAUGCCCCUAAAUCGGCAUCGCAUUCUAUCUCCAAUUCUCUCGAUUCCCCGGCCUCAAAUCCUCCACCUUGUGCAUUCUAGCUCCCCUUCCACGCUGAUCCGGCCCGUGGUCCUGCUACGGACGCGCCCGACCUCCAUGGCGGGUGCUGACCAGAAAUCCUUCUUGGAGACACUCUCUCCGUGGAGUACCCCGCGAAGCUCCACUCCUCAGCCCUCUGAUCGCACACCGGGAAACCCAGACGUCUUGCAACGGUCGCAGGGAGAGGACCACACGGUAACCCACCGACAUAAACUGAGCUUGCGCCAUUACCCACCAGACUGUCCACCGUUGAAAGCGAGGUGGUUCUAUGCCGUGGACUCGCCCAAGCGAAAACCUGCUCUGCUGGACCAGAAGAAACCCGACCAUAAGCCGCCGCCUCCGCCGAAGAAAUUCAUUCCCUUCUCACCGGGUGAUUCGCAGUCGAUUGAAGCCACCUUUCAGAAGCUGUCGGAAAUUGAAGACUCUCAUCAGGAUGAACAGUCCCGGCGAGCUGCGUUACAACAAGUGUCGACUAAAGUUCCGGUGAAUGAGGAUUACCUGUUUGAUGUAGAUGUGGAAGCACGAGAGCUCAGCCCAGCGUAUUGGAUUGGUCCAGUGUAUGAAGUUCGGCGAGGCACGUGGUUCAUCCAAGAAGGGUCUGUCUUUAAGCCAUGCGAGGAGAAUUUUGCUACACAACUUGAGGAGGGCUAUGUGAAGCUACGGCCAUGGAAGAUCCAGACUGAAGAAAGGGGAGAAGGUAGAUCAUCCGAUACUAUUUCGGGAGAGGGACACGGCGCAGAUUCCCCAAACAGUGCACCGGGCACGCCUCGAUCUACAAAGCCUCGUGAGAAGGCUCAAAACGUGGGAACUGGGCCGACUGCAGCUCUUUCAGAGCUUCAGCAGUACCGCUUGUUUGGAGCCUACAUGAACACGAUCGUGACAUAUCAGGACGAGUCGACAGCUUGGUACACCACUGACGAUUUUAUGACCCGUGUGAGCUCCACCGUAUACCAAACGCUCGGCCGUGCUCCGGGCACUAGAGUAGUACGUGGGUUGAUGGAGACCAGACGGCCAAGGGAGCCACUCGGCUCUCGGGCCGCAGAGCGCAAACAAAGCGAGAAGGUGCCAGGAACACCUCGUCGUGGGGCCAUUCCUGCCUCAAGUACUGUACCACCUUCGGGGCACGAUUCAGCGAACGUGUCAGGAAGCGAGGCUGAAGCAGAGGGCUUGCCGAGGCGGCCCAUCUCCACGUUAGAGCGGCAGAUGUCCUCCCUUGCUGGUGAACCCCAGAAUCCGGCUGAACUCGAAGAACAGGCCCGUAGGCAGGAGGAGCAAGAGAUGGAAGACUCUAGGGAAGUGGACAGUGAAGAUCAAGGGCGAGAUGUCGAUCAUUUGGUGCUGGUCACCCAUGGCAUCGGCCAGCGGCUCGGCUUGCGGCUGGAGAGCAUCAACUUUAUACACGAUGUCAAUGUCCUUCGCAAGACAUUUAAGGGGGUCUACAAAGCCUCGCCUGAUCUCCAAGCAUUGAACUCCGCCUUCCCGGACAGCGAUAGUAACUGUCGCGUUCAGGUGAUCCCUGUUUGCUGGCGUCACCUUCUUGAUUUCCCUUACCGCGGAGUUCGACAGAAUCGAAAGGAACUCGAUUUGACGGAUGCGGAUACCUUCGAGGACGAUGCAUAUCCCAGUCUAGCUGAUAUCACCCUGGAAAGCGUCCCCGCCGUUCGAAAUCUUAUAUCCGACCUAGCAAUGGAUGUCUUACUCUACCAAAGCGGAUACUGUGAGCACAUUGCGAGCAUUGUCAAGCAAGAAUGCAAUCGAAUUCUCGAGCUAUAUAAGAAGCGUAAUCCAUCCUUCAAUGGGACUGUGAGUCUCUGCGGUCACUCGCUUGGAAGCGCCAUUCUCUUCGACAUCCUGUGCAACCAACCAGCUGACAUUGAUGCCGCUAAAGGCGGCAGAGCAACAGCCCUGGGUGCUGAUGAUUUUGCGGAUCAACGCGGGGGAAUGCAGAGUGCGCUGAACUUUGACUGUGAGGAAUUCUUCUGUCUGGGAUCUCCUAUUGCCCUUUUCCAGAUGCUGAAGGGAAAGACCAUUGCUGGAUAUUCCCCCCUGGGAGCGAGGGAUCGUAAGAGUGGGCUGGACAUUGGUGACUUUGAAUCUCACCGACUGGGCUCCAUCCGAUCCUCUAAGCGAGACUCUCAUGGCAGCAGCAGUCGGGACCUGAUUGAAAGCUCGACCAUCAUCUCCGCGCCCAAAUGUCGGGACCUUUACAACAUCUUUCACCCCUCGGAUCCCGUCAGUUACCGGAUUGAGCCUCUUAUCUCCCAGGCGAUGGCCAGUCUCAAACCCCAGCCUUUGCCCUUCGUCAAGAAAAGCCUGUGGACUACCUCCGGGCAGAGUCUCUCCAUUCUGGGAACGCGCAUGGGCCAGAGUGUGGGUUCGCUGUGGAGUAACUUCACAUCUGGUGUUGCAAGCAGCCUGUUGAAUCGCAGCCUGGGGCUGACUGCAGAAGAAGCCUCUGCUGCUCGGAGUACGGCCAGCGGUAAGCCAUCGGAGGAUUUGGCUGGACACAAGCGAACCCAGUCAGGCAUGAGCCAACAUAGGUCCUCGCAUGAGUCUGAUGAUCAUGGUGAGACCCUCAUCGAUCAUGAUCUCGAAACCCUGUAUGAUGGUUUCCAGAAGAGCCGGACCACCCAUAAAAAGGAUCCCGCACGAUCAUCUGGCGAGACCGAGUCAGGCCUCGACUCGGAAGACCAGGAGCGCAAAUUGAAAUUUGAAGAUGCCAAGGUGCGAGCGUUGAACUCCAAUGGCCGCGUGGAUUACAGUAUUCAAGAGGAACUGGUUCUUCUGGUGCUGAUUCUCUUUUUCUUCUUUAGGGGUGCAUUUGAUAUUUCUUUGAUCGCCAGUAUUGCCAGCCAUCUCACCUACUGGGGAGACGAGGAUGUGAAUCACUUUAUGCUCUCCCAAAUGCUGUCGCGCAAGUCGCGACAUCGGCUGAAGGGAGGCAGCGCGGUGGAUAAACUCCCCAAGCCAUAG